GGGCAAACAUCCGACGCCGGUGCCUGGAGCCCUUAUCUGCCGGAGCCUUAUCUCCCGGUUAUCUCGCAGGAGGGAGAGACGUUAUUUGGUGCCUAUCUGCGAGGGGGGCUGUGUGUGUCCCCGCGUCCCGCAUUCAUGUGCCUGCGGUUAUCUGGAGAGUCCCGAGGUGGGCUGAGAGAGGAAAGCCUCGCCGCCCGACUUCUCUCGCUGUCACUUCUCUGCGUCCCCUUUCGCUUUCUGUCCCUUCUCCCGGAGGCUGAGCACCGGGGGCUCUGUAUCUGUCUGUCUGUCCGUCCAGCCUCUCUCGCGUUGGGACGGGACCGGUCUCGGCGGGGACCCUGGCUGGCUGCGGGACGGAUGCCACCCCCUGAGGGUGUGCUGGGGCUGGCCCCGGCCCCGACCUCUGCCCCGGUCUCUUCCCAGGUGUCACGGCACAGCCGUCGGGGCCCGGCCCGUGCGCAUCUCACGGCUCCCGGGUGCCUCUCCCUCCUUCUCCUUUCCGUGACCUUGGGCUGGAAACGAGCAAACAAGCGAGGCGAUGCGCGGAAAAGCUAACAUCGCUCUCCGGAGAAGUAACGUUAAAGGGAUCGCCUUACUAAUUGUUUUCUCCGUGGAACCGAGUCAAAUGACUCAUUCAUUGAAAUAAUCACAAUAAUAACAACAACAACGACGGCAGCCAAGGAAGGGUCUUUGGCACAGGCCGGGAAAAAUACCUCUCUUCCCAACUCGCCCUCCGCUCUCCCCGCGCCCUCCCGCCCACGUUUCCCCGGCGUGCUUCAUGUUCAAAUCCGCAGCGCAGGAUGCGGCGGGAGCGGGGAAGAGGGAGCGGGGAAGAGGGAGCGGGGAGCGGCCGGAGCCCGCGGCUCUGCCCCCGCAGGACAGGCGCCUCCGGGCCCGCAUCGACCCGGGCUGCCUGAUCCCAUUCCGCCGGGGAGAGGGGACAACAGCGCCGAGGCGAUAGGACUGAUUAAUCUCUCGCGGCUAGAAGGGGACCUGGAUGGCCGUGGCUGAAGGCGGCUGGUGCUCGGUGAAGCGGUGCGCUGCGGACGCCGGAGGUUCCUCCUGCCCCUUCGCGACCAGAGAGCAGGGCCAGUCUCCUCCUUCACCCUCCUCCUCCUCGGGCAGCUCCCAAGGCGAGCGCAGCUCUUCCAAGACUCCUCUGCAGCCCGACGGCAGCCCCCGGCCGGCCCCUCCACCGCCCCCCGCCGCCGAGGGCAGGUCUCUGCUCGCCCCCUACGUGCACUUCGGGCCCCCCCACCCCUCCGGCUUGUCCGGCUGGGAGGACAUCCUGCUCUUCGCGGAUUUAGACCAAACCAACAAGCUGAUCUGGUCCAGCCGCGGCUCCAAGCUGAGCGCCCUCGGCGCCGAGCAGCCCGAGGAGAUGUACCAGACCCUGGCCAUCUCGGCCGCCCAGGGCCCCACGCCUUACGACGCAUCUCCGGGCGGCUUCAUGCACUCCACGCCCAGCUCGCCCGUCUACGUGCCCACGACCCGCGUGGGCUCCAUGCUGCCCACGCUGCCCUACCUGCAAGGUAGCGGGGCCGCCCAGCCCAGCCACCCGGGCGGCGGACACGCCGUCUGGUCCCAGUCGGCCGCGGAGAGCCCCUCGUACAGCACGGCCGGCGGCUCCCACCCCUCGGGCCGCUUCCCGUACUCCCCCAGCCCGCCGGUGGCCAACGGGGCCGCCCGGGAGCCCGGCGCCUACAGCAACGGCUUGGGCGCCAGGGACCAGUAUAGCCCUCUGGCCCGGCCGCUCAAUGGCUCCUACCCGGGGCCCUACACUUCCUACGUGGGACCGCAGCUCACCCCCGCCUGGCCCACGGCUCCCUUCGAGAACUCCAUGCUGCACUGCCUCCAGGGCCGGGCCGCCCCCAUCCCCGUACGGGCACCCAGCGCAGAGCUGUUGGAGGACCUGUCCGAGAGCCGGGAGUGCGUCAACUGCGGCUCCAUCCAAACCCCGCUGUGGAGGAGGGACGGCACCGGCAAUUACCUGUGCAACGCCUGCGGGCUCUACACCAAAAUGAACGGCCUCAGCCGGCCCCUCAUCAAGCCCCAGAAAAGAGUGCCCUCAUCCCGGCGGCUGGGCUUGUCCUGUGCCAACUGCCACACUACGACCACCACCCUGUGGCGCAGGAACGCAGAGGGUGAGCCAGUCUGCAAUGCUUGUGGUCUCUACAUGAAGCUCCAUGGGGUUCCCCGACCUCUUGCUAUGAAAAAAGAAGGAAUUCAGACCAGGAAGCGAAAACCUAAGAACACAAAUAAGUCAAAGGCAUGCUCCGUUCCCCGUCUUUCAGGUAACAGUACUACUGCAGUUCCUAUGACUCCAACAUCCACAUCUUCUACUAACUCAGAUGACUGUAGCAAAACUGCAUCUCCCAGCACACAGACUGCAGCCUCCGGGGUGAGCUCAUCAGUGAUGUCUGGCCCAGGAGAGAGCACCAGUUCUGAAAGCAGCAGCCUUAAGUAUUCAGGUCAAGACGGGCUGUACACAGGAGUCAGCCUGACCUCCACGGCCGAAGUGACAGCGUCUGUGAGACAGGAUCCCUGGUGUGCCUUGGCUCUGGCGUGACCCGGCACGAGCGAAGCUGGAUCCCUGCACUGUGCAGCAGCCCCCAGACAUCUGCUCAUGGUUUCUUCUGUGAAGCAGUUGCGGCAGCAGCAAGAGUACUGGCAAGGACCAUUCCUCUGAAAUUGUUUCUGUGCCUUGGUGGCAGAGAUGUUUUUAAGCCUCGGAAAGAGGCUCUGCCGAAGCAUUCAGUUCCUCAUCUAUGCAAGAAAAGUAUAGGGAAAGCAAUACCUACUGGGGGAUGGCUAAUGCAGCCUUACACUCUCAAAAAAAAA